AUGGCACCUAGGAGAAGAAGUGUCAAUGCUCUUGGAACUGAUCAACCAGCCGCUAAUCGUAGAGUUCCCCCUGUUCCUAUACCCCCUACCGCACCACUUGUUGCUCCAGUUGUCCCUGAAGCACCAGGAGUUGUUCCUGCUGCACCAGCCGCACAGGUUUUACAGUCAUUGUUGGGAUUACUGAACAGUCAUGUAGCCCCACAACUAGCCGUUCACCCAACUUUAACUUUGGAUAGAGGUUCCUUAUUUGAGAGGUUUAUGAAGGCAAAACCUCCAAAAUUUCACGGAACAGUGGACCCUACAGAGGCAGAGGCAUGGGUACUAGAGAUGGAGAAAAUAUUUGAUGUUCUAGGUUGUUCAGCAGACCAGAAGGUGGCCUUUGCAGCUUUUAGGUUCAAGGGUCAAGCAGAGCAUUGGUGGCGCAUGGUGAAGCGUCAAUAUGAGGGUAGAGAAACAGAGCUAGUGUGGAGCAAGUUUCUAGAAUUGUUUAAUGAGAAAUACUUCCCUGAAGCGGUGCGAAGGCAGAAGCAAGUGGAUUUUCUCAAUUUGAAGCAAAAUGACAUGUCAGUGGCUCAGUAUGAAGCCAAGUUUGUGGAGUUGUCGAGGUAUGCCCCACAUCAGGUGGCCAUAGAGGAAGAUAGAGUGAUGUUGUUUGAGAAUGGCUUGCGAUCAGAGAUCUAUGCAAAAGUAGCUAUUUUGGAGAUGAAGACAUAUUCUGCAUUGGUAUGCAAGGCAUUACUAGCUGAAAGGGGAGUAGAAGAGGAAAAGAGAGCUGAGGAACAAAAGGCUAAGGAACCACAAAACAAGAGACUUAGAGAGGAGAGACAAGUAGAGCAUCGUGGUGGUGGUAGCAAUCCUAGCAAGAAGCCUUCCACCCAAGGCCAGGUUAGCAAUGGCAUGAAGCAGCAGAAUCGGAGGAUUUGUGAUAGAUGUGGUAAAUCACAUUCUGUUGGGUAUAAUUGUGAUGGCACAGCUCGAAUAUGCUUUAAGUGUGGCAAGCCUGGGCAUCUGUCUGCACAAUGUAGGUCUAAGGGACUGGGAGGUCAGUCAGUAGCACAGUCAUCUCAAGGGCAAGGGCAAAGACGAACUUUUUAUAGCGGUGGGUUUAACCACAAGCAGAAUAAUGGCAAAAGUGGGACUACCCAAGGGCAGACAUCCGGGAAUGGGGCUCAGGAUAAGAAGUCAGCGGCUACCCAAGGACGUGUUUAUGCUCUCACUAGAGAGGAGGUCGAGGUUGCUCCAUCUGUGGUGCAAGCUAUUGCUGUGUCUACUCCAUUAGGAGAAACAGUAGUGUUAGGAGAUAUUUGUAGAUCUUGUGAGAUAGAGAUGGAUGGUAGAGAUUUUCCAGUGGAUUUGAUUUCUUUAGAGAUGAAGGAUUUUGACGUGAUUUUGGAGAUGGAUUGGGAAGGAAAUGUAGUGGCGGAUGCCUUGAGUAAGAAGGUCGCAAUUGGAGAUACAACUGCUUUGUGUAUUAAGAGUUGUUUUGUGGAAGACAUGAGACGUUUGAGGCUUGAGGUUGUUAUGCCUGGUGAUAGGGCUUAUUAUAGCUAA